UUCUAAUGAUUCCACUGCUUUCUUGUUCAAGAAUUCUAAUUUAAAAAAAAAAAAUCCAUUACCUGCACUCACUGUGGCUACCAAGGACACUAUGCUGACAAGUGCUUCCAAGUUAUUGGUUAUCCUCCCAACUGGAAAGGGCAUAAAGGUUUGAGAACUGCUCCUGGCUUUAAACUGUCAUCAAAUGCUAAAAAACACUCAUGCUCAUCUUGCUAACACAUCAAAUGAAUCUCCUGUUGUUGAUCUUGAUCUUUGUGACCCUACUCUCUAUAACAAGUUCCUUGAGUUUAUGAAAACUCAGAGUGCUAAUCCUGCUUCUGCUCAUGUUGCUAUGGCCGUUCUACAACAUGAUCAUUCUUCUAAUGAUUCCCCUGUUCUAGACUACUACUACUGUUCCAGAAGAACAAUCACAAAGAAAAUCCACAAGAGCAAGAUCAUUACCUAUUCAUCUCCAAGAUUACUGCAGGUAUUCCUCCUUCCUCCUCCUGCAUGUUCAUUUGGAGUCAAAAUGAACAUGAUGGACAUCCAUGCUCCUCUUGAGGUGGCGUAUCAAGAAUAAACUACUGUGAGCUGUUUUAGUUGUUAUUUGGACCUAUUUUAUUAUUUACUUGGGCCUUAAGUUUGUUACAUAAUUAGGUUUAUAUACUUUCUGAACAAUUGUAAUCUCAGCUUAAGCAUUCAUUCUCAGCUUAAGCACAAUUCAAUCUUCUUGCUUUCUCAAUUCUCAAUUGUUCAAAGAUUCAUUUCAGUAUCUCAUCAAUAGUAGGAUAAUCAUUUUGAAUUUGAAUUCAACUUAAUAAUCCUAUUAGCUAUUACAUUGUUUACACAAUUAAAGAGUCUCUAAAAUUAUGACAUUUAAUUUUAUCACUUAUAAUCUGUCCGAUCAAGCACACAUAUAAAUGAAAAAAUUAAAAUGUUGUAUGAUACUACUACCAGACUUUAACAAUAAACCAAACAACAAAAUAAAACGCAUAACUAAAAUACAUCAAGAGAAAAGAAACUUCUGAACGUUGUAGCAGCACUCUUAGAGCGUCUUUUUCCAAACCCUAACCUCUCGUUCAUUUCAAGGCGGCGGUUGUGGAGGGGGCGCAAAUCACCAACCAUAACGCUUAAAAGCUAAAACCCGGUAAAUCCCCAUUAUCUCUUCUCUUCCUCAAUUCUUACGGUAUAAUCAAAGGAAUUUGAGGAAGCCACCACAAUUGAUAAUACUAGCCUCUCCUUUCAGAAAAGAGUCUGACCACCACAUAAUCUCGCACUCUCAAUAAUGCAGUUCGACUAAAUCCAAUAGAAUUCAUCACCUCCUCUGUCAAUGACGGAUCUCCACCGGAGCAUCUAUCGCCCACCGCCAUGCUCUGCUAUCAAACACAACUUCCCCUACCAUCGUCUCUAGAUGACCUUCAUCUACGAUAAAAAGUUAUUGGGGGAUGCUUUUAUUGAACGGCCGAGAGCUUGAGCUUAUGAUAUUAUUAUUCAAUGC